AUGGCGGUAGAGUCACGGACAGGUAUAAAAGGCAGCUGUGAAGGCAACAUCCAACCGAAGAACUCAACGCCCCACGACUCUAGCAAAUACCACAUUACACAUUCCACCAAAAUGUUUUGGAGAAUCGAUUACCCCUCAGGCUCAAGCAAAGGAGGCCCAAAAGUGGGCUAUACGAACUCGAAGGCCAUCUUGAACAAUCUCAACACUCUUCGUGUCUUCGCGGACACCGACGACAUUGUCUCAAAGUGGAACAAGCAAGAAGUUGAAGAAGGCGGUUCAAUCACUGAGGAGGGCGCUGUCAAGCAGGAUGGCGACAAACAUAUAUUCAAGAAGAAUAUUUGGAUUACCAAAGACUGCAAAGAAGAAGGGUGGAUUACAAAAGGUUGUGAGUAG